AUGGCCAAGAAUGUGGGGAUACUUGCCAUGGAAAUCUACUUUCCUCCCACUUGCAUCCACCAGGAAGUGCUGGAGGCUCAUGAUGGAGCAAGCAAAGGAAAGUACACAAUUGGGCUCGGCCAAGAUUGCAUGGCGUUCUGUACCGAGGUGGAAGAUGUCAUUUCUAUGAGUAUGACAGCUGUCACAUCUCUCCUACAAAAGUACGGGGUCGAUCCUAAGCAGAUAGGGCGCCUUGAAGUUGGCAGCGAGACUGUGCUCGAUAAAAGCAAAUCCAUUAAGACUUUUUUGAUGCCAAUCUUUGAGAAAUGUGGAAAUACUGACAUUGAAGGUGUCGACUCAACAAACGCAUGCUAUGGAGGCACUGCUGCUCUAUUUAACUGUGUGAAUUGGGUAGAAAGCAGCUCUUGGGAUGGACGUUAUGGGCUUGUUGUCUGUACAGACAGUGCUGUCUAUGCUGAGGGGCCUGCUAGGCCAACUGGUGGAGCUGCUGCUAUUGCCAUGCUGAUUGGGCCAAAUGCUCCUAUUGCUUUCGAGAGCAAGCUUCGGGCUAGCCAUAUGGCUCAUGCCUACGACUUUUACAAGCCUGACCUUGCCAGUGAAUAUCCAGUUGUUGAUGGCAAGCUUUCUCAGACUUGCUACCUCAUGGCGCUUGAUUCUUGUUACAAUCACUUAUGUGACAAGUAUGAAAAGCUGGAGGGAAAGAAAUUCUCGGUUGAUGAUGCUGAGUACUUUGUAUUUCAUUCUCCAUACAACAAGCUCGUACAGAAGAGCUUCGCUAGAUUGGUAUUCAAUGACUUUUUAAAGAAUGCCAGCUCUAUUGACGAGGCCGCCAAAGAGAAGCUGACUCCGUUUUCAUCAUUAACCAACGACGAAAGCUACCAAAGUCGUGAUCUUGAGAAGGCAUCUCAACAAGUUGCAAAGCCUUUUUACGAUGCUAAGGUGCAGCCGUCGACACUCAUCCCGAAACAAGUGGGAAAUAUGUACACAGCAUCACUCUAUGCAGCUUUUGCAUCCCUACUCCACAACAAAAACAGCACUUUGGCUGGGCAGAGGGUGAUAUUGUUUUCAUAUGGCAGUGGUCUUUCGGCCACCAUGUUUUCUCUUCGUCUUAACGAGGGGCAGCAUCCUUUUAGCCUCUCAAACAUUGCAACCGUCAUGAAUGUUUCAGACAAGUUGAAGUCGAGGCAUGAGUUUCCACCGGAAAAAUUCGUCGAGAUCAUGAAGCUAAUGGAGCACAGAUAUGGGAACAAGGACUUUGUAACGAGCAAGGAUUGCAGCCUUCUCGCAGCAGACACUUAUUACCUCACUGAAGUAGAUUCUAAGUACCGAAGAUUCUACGCCAAGAAGGCUGCCGAGAAUGGAAUCGUCGCCAAUGGCCACUGA